AUGGGGAGGUACGGACUCAGCCACCUGAGGAGCAUGGUGUUCCGGAACUCUACAGCCGCCGGCGACCAGGAGUCGAUUCAUGAGGUCCAGAGAUCUGCUAAGGCUGGAGAUGAGAACGCGGAGCGCGGCAACUGGAACAACAAGAGGGAGUACAUACUCUCCAUGGUCGGAUACGCGGUCGGCCUCGGCAACGUCUGGAGAUUCCCCUACCUCACCUACAAACACGGAGGAGGUGCGUUCCUGAUCCCCUAUACCAUCAUGUUGGCGGUGGCUGGAAUCCCCCUCUUCUUCCUGGAGAGCUCAUUGGGCCAGUUUGCCAGCCAGGGACCAAUCAACGCCUGGAGGGUGGUACCUAUUCUUCAAGGUGUUGGCGUCACCAUGGUGCUGGUGAAUACGCUGGUGUCCAUCUACUACAACGUCAUCAUCGCCUACAGCCUCUUCUACCUCUUCGCCUCCUUCCAGUACCCGUUGCCAUGGAGCUGCCUCGCCUGGUACGGAGACAACUGCACCUCCUCGCCCCGAGGUAAACGGCCGCAUCCUAUACGUAACCAUGGUAACUCACCUCCUUGCCACGAGGUAAACAAUGAGUCCAAUAUCGACAAACUAUUAGUGCCUCAGACCAACAGGCAUUGGAGUCACAUAAAUAUGCUGUACUGCCUACAGGGCAGCAGCCUGACCCCAGCUAGCAGCCCCAGCGAACGCUACUGGGAUGAGAUUGUGCUGCAGCGUACCCCCUCUAUGGAUGAGUCGGGGCCGGUGGUGUGGCACCUGGCACUCUGUCUGCUGUUGGCAUGGAUACUGGUGGGGGCCUCGCUCAUCAAGGGCAUCAAGUCCUCCGGAAAGGUGGUGUAUUUCACGGCUACAUUCCCCUACGUGGUGUUGCUGAUCCUGUUGAUUCAGGGUUCCAUCCAGGAAGGGGCCAGAAAUGGCAUCGAGUAUUACAUAGGAACACAGUCCAACCUCACCAAACUCGCAGAGGCAGAGGUGUGGAAGGACGCGGCAUCUCAGAUCUUCUUCAGUCUCUCCGUGGCCUCGGGGGGCUUGACGACGCUCGCCUCCUACAACAGGUUCCAUAAGAACUGUUUCCAGGACGCCAUCGUGGUGUGCGUCACCAAUUGUGCCACCAGCAUCUUUGCCGGGUUCGCCAUCUUCUCCAUCCUGGGGCACAUGGCACACGUCUACAACAAGCCAGUGGAGGAAGUGGUGGCAGGAGGUUUUGGCCUGGCCUUCAUAGCGUAUCCGGAUGCCCUGUCUCAGCUUCCUGUGUCUCCUCUCUGGUCCGUUCUCUUCUUCUUCAUGCUGCUCACUCUCGGACUCGACUCGCAGUUCGCCGGCAUCGCUCCUGGAGCCAGGAGAAGGCAAGACAAGGCAAGGCAAGGUGAACAGUGUGUGAACAAGGCGGAGACAGAAAUCCACUCUUCCCUUCUCCUUGAGGACCUCUCUGCACACCAGCCCUCUGCUGAGUCCCGAGAGGCCCAGAGCUGA